AUGUCUGCUGGCGAACCACCUCACGAUCUUGCAGUGCCAUUGGACGUCCAGUUGCUCUCUGAUCGAGGAACACUUCCAACCCUCGGGUCUGACUUUGCGGCUGGACUUGAUCUGUACAGUGCAGAGUCGAAGAUUGUCCCUGCUCGCGGGAAAGCUUUGAUCGAUCUGCAGCUAUCCAUUGCUGUUCCCAAUGGGCACUAUGGGCGUAUCGCUCCCAGAAGUGGAUUAGCAUCGAAGCACAGUAUUCAGACAGGUGCCGGUGUGAUUGAUGCCGAUUAUCGGGGGCCAGUGAUGGUUCUCCUCUUCAACCAUUCUGAUACCGAUUUUGAAGUUCACCCAAAAGACCGAAUUGCCCAAUUGAUAUUGGAGAGGAUUUCUAUCCCCCGUUUACGUCAAGUUGAAUCACUAGAUGCGACGGUCAGAGGUGCUGGCGGUUUUGGAUCAACAGGAGGUUUUGGUGUUCAGGCAAAGAAGCACAAGCGAGACGAGGGGGAGGAGGAGACCGCAGAGAAAGAAGGAUAG